UGGUACUGCCGCUAGCUAAUAUUCGUUUUUAAUUCUAAAUUAAAUGUAUUUAAGUAUAUCCUUUUUAGAGCGUUUCAGUUAAACUCCUAUUUUAUUGUGUUGAGUGUUCACAUGAAAUUGUAAGUCUAUUUAACGUGUGUGUUUUGUACAGUAUUUAUUUGGCAGCGAGUAGCCCGGUUAGCAUCUUUGUUGGAGGUUUGGGCCUACUGUGCCACCGCUUGUCGAUUUUAACAAUAGCCGCGAUACACUCCCAGACUCCGCUUGUUGUGAGACACUCCGAGGAUUAUCUUUAACCCAGACGGAGACAGAACAUGGAAGAUAAACAGGUCUGGGUACCUUUCAGCAACUGAGACGUUUUGUUAUGCUGGCGGACAUUUAAUUGAACUGAAACUGAAGACAUUUUGAGGCGCAUCACAUAAAAAUCAGGACCACAAAGGAAGAUGUCCAACGGCGCAGCAGGAAGCGGAGGUCUGGCGUGGAUGGAGGCUGCGAAUGGUAGAGGUGACUCUGCAAAGAUGGAAGGGGCCAAGAAAGACAAGGCCGCCGCCAAGCUGUCUGUGGAGAGAGUGUACCAGAAGAAAACCCAACUCGAGCACAUUCUCCUCCGUCCAGACACGUACGUGGGCACCGUGGAGCCCAUCACCCAGCAAAUGUGGGUUUUUGAUGAAGAAAUCGGAAUGAACCAGAGGGAAAUCACCUACGUCCCCGGACUGUACAAGAUCUUUGAUGAAAUUCUCGUCAAUGCAGCAGAUAACAAACAAAGGGACAAGAAUAUGACGGCCAUUAAAGUCACCAUCGAUCCCGAGUCCAACACCAUCUCCGUGUGGAACAACGGGAAAGGAAUCCCCGUGGUGGAGCACAAGGACGAGAAGAUGUACGUGCCCGCUCUCAUUUUCGGGCACCUGCUCACCUCCAGCAACUACGAUGACGAUGAGAAAAAGGUCACAGGUGGAAGGAACGGGUACGGUGCUAAACUCUGCAACAUCUUCAGUACCAAGUUCACAGUAGAAACUGCCUGCAAGGAAUACAGACACAGUUUCAAACAGACGUGGCAGAACAACAUGGGCAAAACUUCUGAGCCCAAGAUCAAGUUUUUUGACGGGGAAGAUUUCACCUGCGUGACCUUCCAGCCAGACCUGUCCAAGUUCAAGAUGGAGAAACUGGACAAGGACAUCGUAGCACUUCUGACCCGCAGAGCAUACGAUGUAGCCGGAUCCUGCAGGGGCGUUAAAGUCCUGCUGAACGGGAAGAAAUUACCCAUAACUGGGUUCCGCAGUUAUGUGGAUUUGUAUGUGAAGGACAAAGUGGACGAGACGGGAGUCGCUCUGAAGGUGGUGAACGAGACGGUGAAUGACCGCUGGGAGAUUGGUCUCACGCUGAGCGAGAAGGGAUUCCAACAAAUUGGCUUCGUCAACUGCAUCGCCACAACCAAGGGUGGCAGACACGUCGACUAUGUGGUGGACCAGAUCGUGUCCAAACUUAUUGAAGUGGUGAAGAAGAAGAACAAGGCGGGAGUGACCGUCAAACCCUUCCAGGUGAAGAACCACAUCUGGGUGUUUGUGAACGCGCUGAUCGAGAACCCCACCUUUGACUCCCAGACCAAGGAGAACAUGACACUCCAGACCAAGAGCUUUGGGUCCAAGUGCCUUCUGUCAGACAAGUUCGUCAGAGCUGCCACAAACUGUGGGAUUGUGGAGAGUAUUCUCAACUGGGUGAAGUUCAAAGCUCAGACGCAGCUGAAUAAGAAGUGCUCGUCUGUGAAGUACAGCAAGAUCAAAGGCAUCCCCAAGCUCGACGACGCCAACGACGCCGGUGGCAAACACUCCGCUGAAUGCACACUCAUCCUCACUGAGGGAGACUCCGCCAAGUCUCUGGCCGUCUCUGGACUCGGAGUCAUCGGCCGCGAUCGCUACGGCGUGUUUCCCCUGAGAGGAAAGAUCCUGAACGUGCGAGAGGCAACACACAAGCAGAUCAUGGAAAAUGCUGAGAUUAACAAUAUCAUAAAAAUCGUUGGGCUCCAAUACAAGAAGAGCUACGAAGACCCAGAGUCACUGAAGAGCCUUCGCUACGGCCGCAUCAUGAUCAUGACUGACCAGGAUCAAGAUGGCUCCCAUAUCAAAGGUCUGCUGAUCAACUUCUUCCACCACAACUGGCCGUCCUUACUGAAACACACAUUCCUGGAGGAGUUCAUCACACCCAUUGUCAAAGUGAACAAGAACAAGCAGCAGUUUGCCUUCUACAGCAUUCCAGAGUUUGAUGAGUGGAAGAAAAAUACAGAGAACUUUAAAACCUGGCAUAUAAAGUACUACAAAGGUUUGGGUACAAGUACGAGCAAAGAGGCGAAGGAAUACUUUGCUGACAUGGAGAAGCAUCGCAUCACAUUCAGAUACAGCGGUGCAGAGGACGACGCCGCCAUCACCCUGGCCUUCAGUAAGAAGAAGACGGACGACAGGAAGGAGUGGCUGACGAACUUCAUGGAAGACAGACGCCAGAGGAGGAUGCACGGCCUGCCGGAGCAAUACCUGUAUGGAACUCAGGCCAGGCACCUGUCCUACAACGACUUCAUCAACAAAGAGCUGAUUCUGUUCUCCAACUCUGACAACGAGAGAUCCAUCCCGUCCCUGGUGGACGGUUUGAAGCCGGGCCAGAGGAAGGUGCUGUUCACCUGCAUGAAGAGGAACGACAAGCGGGAAGUGAAGGUCGCACAGCUGGCCGGUUCAGUGGCAGAGAUGUCUGCCUACCAUCAUGGAGAGCAAGCGCUCAUGAUGACCAUCGUGAACUUGGCGCAGAACUUUGUGGGCAGUAACAACGUGAACAUCCUGCAGCCGCUGGGGCAGUUUGGUACUCGCAUCAAUGGAGGCAAAGAUGCUGCCAGCCCUCGUUACAUCUUCACCAUGCUCAGUCCACUUGCCAAGCUGCUGUUCCCGUCGGGGGACUCCAACCUGCUCAAGUUCCUGUACGAUGACAACCAGAAGGUGGAGCCCGAGUGGUACAUUCCCAUCAUCCCCUUGGUGCUCGUGAACGGUGCCGAGGGCAUCGGGACGGGCUGGGCCUGCAAGCUCCCCAACUACGACCCCCGAGAGAUCGUCAACAACAUCUACCGCAUGCUGAAGCACCAGGACCCCCUGCCGAUGCUUCCGAGGUACAAAAACUUCAAAGGCAUGAUCCAUGAACUGGGUCAGAACCAGUACCUGGUCAGCGGAGAGGUGUUGGUCAUUGACAGAAACACCAUCGAGAUCACCGAGCUUCCUGUUCGGACGUGGACGCAGGCGUACAAGGAGUCGGUGCUGGAGCCCAUGCUGCAGGGCACCGACAAAACCCCGGCGCUCAUCAAUGACUAUAAGGAAUACCACACGGACACCACCGUCAAGUUUGUGGUCCGCAUGUCUGAGGAGAAACUGGCUCAGGCCGAGUUGGUCGGUCUUCACAAAGUCUUCAAGCUGCAGUCCAGCCUGACCUGCAACUCCAUGGUGCUGUUUGACCACAUGGGCUGUCUGAAGAGGUACGACUCGGUGCAGGACAUCCUCAGGGAGUUCUUCGAGCUGCGCCUGCAAUACUACAAACUGAGGAAGGACUGGUUGCUGGGCAGCCUCGGAGCCGAAGCUGCCAAACUGUCCAACCAGGCUCGCUUUGUACUGGAGAAGAUCGAAGGGAAAGUUUCCAUCGAGAACAAAAGCAAGCGUGAGCUGAUCCGCAUGCUCGCGCAGAAAGGCUUCGAGUCGGAUCCAGUGGUCGCCUGGUCCAAGUCUCAGGAAAAGAUCCAGGCUCAGGAAGAGGAAGCCGCCCGUGACGGGAAUGAGAGCGAUGGCUCGGUGGACUCCGGCUCCUCGUCGGGGCCGAACUACAACUACAUCCUCAACAUGCCUCUGUGGUGCCUGAGCAAAGAGAAGGUGGAGGAGCUGCUCAAACAGAGGGACCACAAGAGAUCAGAGCUGAAUGAUCUGGAUAAGAAACAUCCGGAUGAUCUGUGGAAGGAGGACUUGGCUGUGUUCAUCGAGGAACUGGAUAAAGUGGAGCAGCAGGAGCGAGAGGAGCAGAGUUUAGGAAAGGGCAUCAAAAUGGUCAAGGGGAAGGUGGGCAAACCUAAAGCCAAGAAGCUGAACCUGGAGGAGACCCAGCCGUCCCCGUUCGGUCGCAGAGUGGAGCCUCCGACUCUGGCAAUCCGAUCUGACGCGGCCAAGAAAGUGAUGAAGAAGAAGAAGAGUGACGCAGAUCCAUCGGUGAAGAUGGAGUUUGAUGAAGAGGGUUUGGCUGUUGAAGGAGGAACCGCAGAAAACUCUGUCGUCAAACCGAAGACUCCACGUGUGAGGAAGGAGAAGAAGGAGCCCGGAACUCCCCGAGUGAGGAAAGCUCCGGGACCCAGAGGAACGCCUGCGAAGAAGGUGAAGAAGAGAAACCCCUGGUCUGAGGACGAGUCCAAAUCUGACAGCGACGUAGAGGAGUGUCAGCCCAUCAUCCCCAGAGAGACCAAGUCCCAGAGGGCAUCAGGUAACGACAUCACCAGCAUCACCGUGGUUACGGCCACAAGGCUACCAAUGAAAAGGGAAGAAAUGCCUUCAAACCUGUAUCAUCUGUAACCUCCAGCAGGAGACUCCUCUGGUUGUAUAGAAGUCUAUGAGAAAAUGUUUCGACUCCUCUGUAACAUCCAGCAGG